GUCAUCGGUUUUCUCUCUCCUGCUUGUAAACACGUGUAGGCAGCGCAGUGUGUGUUCGCCUGUCUACGGAGGACAUUUAAGCAGAUAAACUUGUUCUUUUAAUUCGUCCUUAAAAUGGCAAAAAGUCUGCGGAGCAAAUGGAAGAGGAAGAUGCGUGCGGAGAAGAGGAAGAAAGUCGCUCCCAAGGAGCUGGCCCGUCUGAAACAAGCUCUGAGUCUGGAUAAGAAAGGAGAAGCUGCCAUGACGGACAUUCAGGAGAUCGCCACUGUGGUGCCAGCUGACAAGAUCAAGAAGGCGAAAGAUGUGGAUAUGGGGGAGUUAGAGGGAGACGAUGGGAAGAUGGAUCUGGACGGCAAGCGCAACAAGAAAACUCUGUUGGAUGAAAAUGGUCAAUACCCUGCGUGGAUGAAUCAACGGCAGGCCAAGAAACUGAAAGGCAAACGGAUUUCAAAGAAAGGUAGCCAGGGGGGCAAGAAGAAGAAAGGUAUCGCCUGGUGAACAAGAAGAGACCAAGAGACCUUUACUUUGCCUUUAAAGACUUUUGAUGCAGGAAAAGCAAAUGAUUUCAUGUAUUCUUUUGUACAUGACAACUGUGGAAUUCCUGCUAUUGAAUCCCAUUUUGUUGAGUGGAUUACAAGAUUCAUGGUUGUGUAACAGAGUCUGUUGUUAUAAAAUGAUUCACUGCAGGAAAAUGUUUGUUCUUAUGGAACAGCAGCUUCAUUCUCAUGUUAGGACACGUUUAGAGACAAGUUUUAAGAAACUAAGAAUUGUGUAAAAUAUCCUAUAGCUUGUGUCACUACAUCAUAGAUAUGGAGAUGAUUGUCAUAUGUUCUCUAUUACAAUGUAAGUUUUUCUUAUACUUUGAUUAAAAAAAAAGGUCUAUGG